CAUCUUGGCUCCGUUCUCCGCACCACGCGAGUGAAUGGGUAGCUAUGAAAUUACCACGGGGGCGCCGCAGGGCACGGAGGAUCGCUCCGACCUGCCUGGGGGGCCCUAGAGCCGGCGCCUGCCCCUCGCCAGCCCCUCGGCCCCGCGGCGUCGGGGAUAAAGUUGGUGGGCACCGCCGCCGCGCCCGGGAGCCCAGACGGUUGAGCGCGGCGCCGGAGCCGGGCGCGAGCCGCGGGCAGAGCUAGGGCCGGCCGGGGGCGCUCGGCGAGGAGCUGGUCCCCUCCUCCGGCGGGGGAGCGGGGCCCUCGCCACAGCCCGGUCCGGCCCGGCCCGGCCGGUUUCUCCGCCUCCGCGCCCGACACAGCGCCCGAGGGGAUCGUGCUGCCGGCCAUGCAGCGGAGAGCGAGCGGGGCGACGUGACGGCAGGAGGGAGGCAGUGAGGAGCUGCGGACGCCGGGGGGAUUUGCUCGGCUUGUCCCCCGCUCCCGGGGCGGCUCCGGCGGGCCCCUCGGCGCGAUUCAAAGCCAACUUCCAUGCGGCCCACGUGUGCGCCGUAGCGCGGCUCGACCGGGCGGGCGGGCGGGCUGCUGGCCGGCCUCGGGGGCUCGCGGGGGUUUCUUCUCGGACGCUGGUGGCCCCUCGCCUGAGCACUACACGCUGCAGAGCCGAAGACAGCUGCUGACUGGUUGCAGCCCAGCCGUCGCCAGGAUGCUUUUCGGAGCUUGACGGGGGAAAAAGGAGCGGAGCUGUGUUCUUGACAGUUGAUUAUUUCUCUUGUAUAAAACAAAACAGCAAAACCAACGGUUUCCCCCCGUGAACUUUUUCUAAAUGGAUUCUUAACGUGCUUUUAUGAAGUGCAUUUUGCCACCCUUUGUACAGAAGCCAAAUGACACGUGUAUUUUGAAUUACGUUUCCAAAUAUACACAUCCCUCCUGUACUGUGGAUCUCUCCAGACAGAGCUGGAGGGGCUGUCACUCUCUCAGAAAAAUCCGGUUUUACUAUUUUACGAACGCUCUCCUCUCCACGUCUGUUGCUUUAGAUUGCUUUAUAACUGGUGCAUAAAAAAAAAAAAGGAAAAGAAAAGGGGGGGGGGUUGGGGAUUUUCUACUUGGAAGACCCAGGAACCUGGCUGCUUAGAAACGUCUCUGUUCUAAGUGUAUUUGGAAAAUGGGAGCUGCUACCAAGUUGGCGUUUGCUGUUUUUCUUAUCUCUUGUUCUUCAGGUGCCAUACUAGGAAGAUCAGAAACUCAAGAGUGCAUCUUCUACAAUGCUAAUUGGGAAAGAGAUAAAACGAAUCGCAGUGGUAUUGAACCUUGUUACGGUGAUAAAGAUAAAAGACGACACUGUUUUGCUACAUGGAAAAAUAUUUCUGGAUCAAUUGAAAUUGUGAAACAAGGUUGUUGGCUGGAUGAUAUCAACUGUUAUGACCGGAAUGAUUGUAUAGAAAAGAAAGACAGUCCUGAAGUGUUUUUCUGUUGCUGUGAAGGCAACAUGUGUAAUGAACGUUUUUUCUAUUUUCCAGAAAUGGAGGUCACGCAACCCACUUCCAAUCCUGUUACACCUAAGCCACCUUUGUUCAAUACCUUGCUUUACUCAUUGGUGCCUAUAAUGGGAAUUGCAGUGAUCGUACUCUUUUCAUUUUGGAUGUAUAGGCAUCACAAACUAGCAUAUCCUCCAGUACUUGUACCAACCCAAGACCCUGGGCCACCACCACCAUCACCCUUAAUGGGUCUGAAGCCCCUGCAAUUGCUAGAGGUCAAAGCUAGGGGAAGAUUUGGUUGUGUCUGGAAAGCUCAGUUACUAAAUGAAUAUGUUGCUGUCAAAAUAUUCCCAAUUCAGGACAAACAGUCAUGGCAAAAUGAAUAUGAAAUUUACAGUUUGCCUGGUAUGAAGCAUGAGAAUAUUUUGCAAUUUAUUGGUGCAGAGAAACGAGGCACCAGCAUUGAUGUAGAUCUUUGGUUAAUUACAGCAUUUCAUGAAAAGGGUUCAUUAACUGACUUUCUCAAGGCUAACUUAGUUUCUUGGAAUGAACUGUGUCAUAUUGCUCAAACUAUGGCUAGAGGUUUGGCUUAUCUCCAUGAGGAUAUACCAGGUCUAAAAGAUGGACAUAAACCUGCCAUAUCUCAUAGGGACAUCAAAAGCAAAAAUGUUCUUUUGAAAAAUAAUCUUACAGCUUGCAUUGCUGAUUUUGGUCUAGCUUUAAAGUUUGAGGCUGGAAAGUCCGCAGGUGACACGCAUGGACAGGUUGGCACACGGCGGUAUAUGGCUCCUGAGGUAUUAGAAGGUGCUAUAAACUUCCAAAGGGAUGCUUUUUUGAGAAUAGAUAUGUAUGCCAUGGGACUAGUCCUUUGGGAAUUGGCAUCACGAUGUACUGCAUCAGAUGGACCAGUGGAUGAGUACAUGUUGCCAUUUGAAGAGGAAAUUGGCCAGCAUCCAUCCCUUGAAGAUAUGCAAGAAGUGGUAGUUCAUAAGAAGAAGAGGCCUAUUUUAAGAGAGUGCUGGCAGAAACAUGCUGGAAUGGCAAUGCUCUGUGAAACGAUAGAGGAAUGUUGGGAUCAUGAUGCAGAAGCCAGGUUGUCGGCUGGUUGCGUAGAAGAACGAAUUAUUCAGAUGCAAAAACUAACUAAUAUUAUAACAACAGAAGACAUUGUGACUGUGGUCACCAUGGUGACAAAUGUUGACUUUCCUCCCAAAGAAUCCAGUCUAUGAUAGUUGCACUGGUCAUGUAUCCGACCAACAGGACUCUGAACUGGAGCUGCUAACACUAUUGAGACUGCUGAUAUUAUUAUUCUUUUCAGUGUGAAAUGAGGAACAGUAAGUCUUUUUGGAAUGUCAUUGAGGAGUCUUUGUAUUUUCAACCGUGGAUCCAUGAGACUUACUGCAUUCCCUGCAUAUGCCUGAAGGACAUGUGACUAAGAAGUGGUAAAAUGUUAUUAAGGAACGUAAAUGAAGAAUAUGGACCUAUCUUGGCUAAUCAAGUGUUUUAAAAACUGACAUCAGAUUUCUUAAUAUCUGUCAGAAGAGACUAAUUCCUUAAAUGAACUACUGCUAUUUUUUUUUAAAUCAAACAUUUCAUUUCAGAUUUAAAAAAGGGUAACAUGUUUUUAUUGCAUUUGCUGUUGUUUAUAAAAAUGACUAUUGUAAUGCCAAUAUGACACAGCUUGUGAAUGUUUAGUGUGCUGCUGUUCUCUGUACAUAAACAAAAAGUAAUCAAGUGGGAUAUAGCAAAGAGGCUUCCAAGUAUUACUUUAACCUCCCUCAACAAGGUAUACCUCAGUUCCAACUCUGCUAAAUUAUGAGAUUGACAACACUAACAAAAUUUGAAUAAUAAAUUGAUCCAUGUUUUGUAAAUGAUGUAUUACAAAUUCACUGUGUUAUUUAAAAAAAGGGUAAGCUAUGCUUCAUGCCAACAGUAAAUGGCCAUUCCUAAAGCAGUGUUUUAGCCUUUUCUUGUGCUAGCUUGUUGUGUAUAAAAAGUGCUGGUUUUGAAACAAAAAAAACUUUCUUCCUGUUUUUAGUUUAAAGUUUUUAUCUUACCUCCAGUUCCCAAAAUAUUGCAUACGUUUAUUUAACUAAAUACUAUUUAGGUUUGCUGUGUCAGGAUUAUUUGAAAAUUUAAGCAUGACUUUUUUAAUUUUGUGAGCUGUGACACUGGAAAGCUCUUAAUUAUUCUUUUUAAAGAAGGCUUUUUUUCCUAUUUAUGUAUGUUAAGGUCUGCUUGGUGUAUUUUUCUGUUUCACUAAACAGUGUGCAGUGCAGUGCGUUCUGUAUCACUGUUUCAAGAUCACCUCAGGAAGCUUUAUUACCCAGAAUUCCUCACUCUGCUUUGAGAUUUGCAACUUCACUACACUUAAGCUUGGUGCCAUCUUGUCAGAGUAAUAUCUGAUGUUUCUGAUGCGUACAAUCAUGUUGAAAAGUAUAGCUACAGAUUUCAGAUAUAACUGUUUAAAAUAAUUCAGGGAUAACUUAGUUAUGGUUAUAACUUAAAAUAUGCAAUGAUUAUUUAGAGGUAACUAAUGCAAACUUAGGUAGCACAGUCUAGCAAAAAACAAAACCUAAAAUUAUUUUCACAACUGACUCCAACAUUAUUUUAGGGUUUAGGAGGUCAUGCCUUAUUUUUAACAUUAAAAAAAAAAAGAAUUGAUGGUAGUUAGGUAGGUGCCAAAGUGCUUUUCAUACUUAAUAUUACACUACAUUUAUUUGAUCCUUCACAUCCUAUACAGGUCAAGGUGAAGUUUUACUUUCUAAAACACUCUAUAGAGUACUGAACCAACAACAGCCAGUAUUAUGCUAUGAAUUUUGUCAGGUGUGUUGUUUCUUGUUUUAAAUCAUGCAUUAGAUUUUUUUUAAGGAAGCUUUUAAUGUCUCAAAUCAGGAGCUCAUUGUGAAUAUUAUCUUUAAACAGUUAUUUAUAAAACCACAGAAUACACUCAGUUCUACCUAUAUAUGCACAUAACCUCUGGGAACAAUAAAAGAAGUUAUGUAUCAACAAGACCUAAGCAGACUAAGCAGGGAGGGGAAGGAGGGUAAUGAUAAUGUUGUUCUUGUGUAACAUACUACCCACUACUGUUUUGCUUGCUCUUUGUCACUAUUAGGCCUAAGUUUCACAGUAGCCAGAACCCUUACUCUUUUGGGGUAUUGGUACUGUUGGGUGCAACUUGCUCGUUUUGUUUAUAAAACAAACUACUUCUGCGCCCAUUUUCUUGAUUUGGAUUUUCAUUUUGCUUCCAUUUUUGAUGCAAGGAUACAAUAUUUUAAACGCACAGCAAGAUUUAAUCAUGGCUUAAGAGAUCUGAACAAAUACAGUCCAUAUUUUACAACAAACUUUGUACUCCUCUUCCAAGUUUAAACUCCUUCAUUAGCAAAAGUAGAAGGAACAGCCUAAAUGAUGUAAGGGCCAGCUCAGUUAUUCAGGAUUCAAUGCAAAAAUCAUGCCUUGUUAAUGACCUCUGUCAUAUAUGGAUGGGCCUUGUAUCAUCCCUGCAUGAUCCUUCUUUAACUUCUGCUGAUAUGGGUCCUAGUAGCCAAGCUGUUUGGGAGCUCCUUUGGUGUUGCUAGCGCACUUCAUGUUUGCAAGUGAUGUAGGGAAGUCGCGAAGCCUGUCAUCAGACAAUUUAAUGGGAUAAUAUUUAUCUUUAUAUUUUAAAACUCUGCUUUUAGAAAUCCCCACAAGUUUGAAUGUUGUACUUGUAGUUUUCUGAUUUUUAACAACAUAGUACAGUAUCACUGUGAAAAGGGUGUUCAUAGUAACAAUGCUUUUAUAAUUGGUAAAUAACUGAAAUUUGGUGAGCUGUUCUGAUACAUAAGACGACUUCUGUUUUGCAGGGCAUUUUAACAUAUGUAUUUUUUUUUUUACUUACAGUACAGUAAAUGUAGAAGAUGUGCAAGUUAACAUAAUGCUUGAGCCAGAUUUAUGAAUGAGGACAGGAAUAAAUAAGAUUUAAGCUGGUGAAAAUAUUUUGGCAUUACUUACUAGCAGAUGUAGUGACUGUUGUCACUUUAUGUACUUUAUUCAUACAGCAUGUAUGGUGGUGUAUAUGUACAUGUGUGAUCAGCUCCAAUGGUUCACCUUGUAUUUUGGCUUGUGAAGAAAAGCCAGUCCUAUGGCUCUAACUUUCAACUGUUUUUGGCUUGCCUCUGUCUACUUAGAUGAUUGCUGUAUAACUGCCACAGGACUGAUGGAUUAGCCAGUUUUUGGCUUUACUGAAAGUCCAAGCCCUGCAUUAUUUUUUACUUUGUUAGAUGCUAGGAAAUUUUUAUAUCACACAAUGCAUGACUACUCUUUGUACACUUAUUACUACAUGUACCUUAGCAUUUCAGAGCAGAGACCGUGCCUCAGUUGUUGGAGUUAUUGAACUAGCACUGUCAUUCAUGGUGGUAUUUUGGAAACUACAAAUCAAGAUUAAAAAUCACUACUUUGUAUCUUCUGUUUGAGACAGUGAAAUCCAUGUAAACGUGACUUUAAAAUCCAAUCUCGGUAUGCCAACUAAAAUGUAACCAGAUAAACUAGUAAUGAAUUUCAUGUUCAUGCUAGGGUUCAACAGAAUAAAUUGCUAAGUAUAGUUUACCACAUGGGGUUAUCAGUUUGACUGCUUUUUUCCAGUUUCUCUUUUUAACCUUUUUAAUGCAUUUAUCUUUAUUAGGAACACUUGGUACAAAGUACAGAAAGCUAUAUACAGUUUUAUGGGCAAAAUGAUACAAGUAGCAUCCUUGAUGGAACAUCAUUUACCUCAGAUAUUCAACCAGCAGUACGGUUUUUUUUUUAUGCAGUCUCGGUCCAUAUACUAUUCGUUACCUCUCAAGAUAUUGGUAAGCAGUUAUUUUAGCUUUACUCUUUGUAUCUGUCAGUGUUUUGGGCACAGGUUGUUGUACUACUGUCAAACUGUACUUGCUCUUUUUCUGCAAGUAACAAAAACAAAACCCCCUGCCCUGAAUAAAAGUGAUUGUUAAAUAUUGUACAAAUAAAAGUGUAUGCUCUUUCUGCCCCCACCGCCCCAAAAAGUUAAAUAAAAAUUAAGUGACUACUA